UAUAAGUUAGAUAAUUAUAAUUUACGUUAAGAUCAAGGAUUGGAUGAAGACAUACUACAAGACACGACGGAAAAUGACAUUGCUUCCCUCAAUAUUACACUGGCGGAUCGCAAGAAGGUAAUGCGGGUCUUAAGAAUGUUGAAACCAUCUACUUCGUCAUGUGCUAUUGAAGAAAAUAUUAUCAUCUAUGAUCCUGAAGCAGAAAAUUCAAUUCAAGAAGAACAGCUAGAAUCUUCUACACAAGUUCAUGAGAAAGGCAUACGUACAGUGUAUCCCAAGGAUCGCAACCUUACCGUUCUUGUGGAACAAAUGACAAAAAAAGGAGCUGAUUAUAAAAAUCUAUAUAAUAAGCUAAUUGCGUCCCAAUUUCUGGAAGAGAUUGAUCAACGCAGAUUGACUGAAAUUAUUGGUCGAGACAUGGUGACAAAAUGUGGAAAUUAUCCGACAACAACAGACAAAAACAAUAUGGGUCAUGCUCUCCUAAAAUCAUUUCCGUACUUGGCUAAAAAGCAUCUUCAUCCGCGAACACCGGCUUACAACCUUUGGUUUGAUGACCAUGGAUCUGCGAACGGAAAGAAACCUGCUGGUCGUCUCCAACAGUGGUUAGAGAACAAUGCGAGGCGUUUGAGACAAGAAGAAAAAAAAUACACCCCGCGCCAAUCAAAAAUUCGAAAGCUGACAGACUCACAAAAUGUCGCAGGGGAAGAAUAUGACGAUUUUGAAAAACGUCGGGCACUUAUACAGGCGUCCAAAUCUGUGGCAGACAUUGUGGACAUUUAUCCCAAUAUUCUUGGGACAAACGGAGAAAUGAUCGAUAAUGAUUUUGCUAGACUGUCAGAUCAUGAUGGCAAAAUUGAAAAUAUUAAAAAUUACGUCUUCGACGUAAUUUUUACAAGUGAUGACGAAACUCUUCAGUUCAUAUGUGGGGCCCUUGUGGCAUUUGCUUACAAACGCAAUUCACCAACAAGCGCAAUUACAAUCUUCAAGCGGAAUGAAAUAUUGAAACCCCUCGUAAUUUUUGUGGAUCACGAGGACUUCAAGGAGGAGGCGGUGAAUCCAAAACACCCCAAAUACCCGAUGAUACUGUCUUCCAAGACAGAUGAUAUGAGGGCGGUAUGCGUCGACGGAUUCAUAGUGACAUUGACGUCACCAUCAUUCUUGCGAUGCCUGGACAUACUAUUUAAGCUCUACUUUGUUCUGCAUAUUAAGUUCCCUCCUGUAUUGAAACAUUUUCUGUCUUUUCUCAAUAUAUACAUUUAUGAAAACAAAAGCAUGAAACCAACUGCCACAGUGGCUAAAAUCGAGCAGAAGCUUUUAAAAAAGAAUAACGAGUAAACUUUGUAUUAAGCAUGAAGUGGAACUAAUUACUAAUAAUGUAUUAAAACUGCAAAAUCAAAGAAAAUAAAGUUCACACAAAAAUAGAAGUAAUAUUAUAAAUGUAAGUGUUUUAAAAGUAAGUGUUAGAUAUAAUUAGUUAAUAUUUAUUUUAUUUAUAUCUCAAAUAAGUUAAAAAUAAACCAAACCAGCACGAGAUAGAAGAUUGGCUCACACGCAAUGGUUUUAUAAAAACUUUAAAAGUCGCAAAAAUAAGCUGUUUGAUCCUUUUUACAAUAAUCUCUCUUAUUAUAUUUUAAGUUUAACAUAUUAGCUUAUCAUUAUAAGUUAUUAUACCUUUACUUAUAAGUAACUGUCAAAAUAAAAAAAAACCCAAAAAGAAUGAGUUUAUUUUUAUUAAUCCGAUGGUUUUAAAUUUUUUUAAGGACAACUACAUUUCCAGUUACAACGACUGAAUUUUAGUUAUCCGGAAAAUAUUGGUUAUUAGAAAUCCCAACUGAAAUUCUAUUUAUUAUACCUAAUCUUUAGUAGUCAACGAAUUUGAGAUUUUUAUGCAUAUCAACUAUAUCUCCAGUUUGUAUGUCUAAACUUUAGUAAUCCAAGAAUUUAUAAUUAAUAGUUAUGUCCACUAAAACCUUUGCUGGCAUUCCUAAACUUUAGUAGUCAACGAAUUUGAGAUUUUUAUGUGUAUCAACUAUAUCUCUAGUUUGUAUGUCUAAAUU